AUGGCCUGUCACUUCCCCCAAGUCUCAAACAGCAACUACCUCCGCUUCCCUCCAAUUCCCUGGCCCGACGGCGAUAGGAAGCUUGGGCUCCCGGGAGACGAGGUGAUGGAGGGGGAGCUCAGCUUCCUCUCGCCGGCGAGUUCGUCCUGCUUCUCCUUCGACGACGGCGGCCCUGGCUCCCCGAAUUGGCAAUCGAUGGUGGAGGCGCUGCUCAGCUCGCCUACUUCAAGCGUUUCUGGCGGCUGCGGAGGUGGUGGCUACAACUCACCGGCACGGGGGUCCCCGCUGGAGAAGCCGCUCACGUCGCCCUCAUCGUGCGUCCCCGACUGCCGCGGCGCUGGCGAUUUCGGUUCUCUGACAUGGGAGUCACCUCUGGAGAAGCAGCUCGAGUCGCCCUCAUCAUACGUCUCCGACGGCUGCGGAGGUGGCCUCAGCUCGCCGACAAGGGCGUUCCUGCCUGAGAAGCUGUUCGACCCGCCUCCAUCGCGCGUCUCCGACUGCCGCGGCGUUGGCAACGAUGGCGGCCUCAUCCCUCUGCCAUGGGCGUUACCUCUGGAGAAGCCGCUCGAGUCAACCUCAUCGUGCGUCUCCGACGGCCGCCGCGUCGGCAACGCUGGCGUCCUCAGCUCUCUGCCAUGGGUGUCACCUCAGGAGAACCCACUCGAGUCACCCUCAUCGUGCGUCUCCGACGGCCGCAGCGGCUGCUACAACUCGGCUCUCGGUGCCUCGGCGGAGCGACAGCGCGAGGUGCACGAGGCGGAGAGGCUCCUGCGCUCGAUCGCCGAGCGCUACGACGACUGCUUCCUCCGCCUGCGCGACGCCACGGCCGAGAUCGCCGACCUCCGCCGCGAGCGCCUCCGUCUCGGCGCCGAGAACCUUCACCUCUCCCUCCUUCUAGAGGAUCUCGAGACCGAGCAGCGGAAGCAGGCGUCAGCGGUGGCUUCGCCAAAGCAAGCGGAGGAGGAAGCAGCACAGGCCGGCGCACCGAAGAGCAUCUCCAUUCGUUCUCCGGGCUACCUCUCACUGAAGCAGUCGCAGGGCCAGUCCAAGCCACAGCGCCUCCGUGUUCGCGCUUCUCAGGCGACCGAGGAUGCGGCAGCAAGGGAUGAGAAGGAGGAGGAUGACAACGGCGACGGUGGCGGGGAGGUGGAGGUGCAGGCGUACAGGCAGGGCGCAGCGAAGACGGAGCUGUGCAACAAGUGGGAGCGCGGCGCUUGCCCCUACGGCGAGCGCUGCCGGUUCGCGCACGGCCUGCAGGAGCUGCGCCCCGUCAUCCGCCACCCGCGCUACAAGACCCUCCCCUGCCAGAUGUUCGCCGCCGCCUCCGGCUGCCCCUACGGCCACCGCUGCCACUUCCGCCACUCCCCGCUCCCCGCCGCCGUGUCCUACUAGAUAGGCCGCCGCGCCGCUGACGACUCUUCUCCCCGCUGCCGCCUUCAUUCGAUCUUCUCUUCAGCUUUUAGUAUGGGCCGUGGCAGUGGCCAGCCAGGUGACGUGCCGAAUGGGCUUUUUUGUCCAAACGGUCUAGUAUGGGCCGUGGCAUUGGCACAGGAAGUGCAUAGCACGUUGGCACCAUUGAUUUGUGGGGAUAAACAUAGCCCAUGGGCUUCCCGAUCAUUAUCAUAUGGAUUAUCGAUGAUAAUUUGCCAAGUUGGGCUGUACGUAAAGCCCUAAACCCUUCUGUUUCAGUUUAGAUGUCAGUAAAUGCUUCUGCCACUGGGAAUUUGUGUAGGGUUACUGUCGGCUUCAUG